AUGACCCAUUGUCCACCUUCAUCAGCACUGCCCACCAUAUCGCCGCCGGCUGAAUCAAAUACUAUCCCCACAUCAUCCGAUACCGAGAGCUUCAAAAUUCUCUCAUUCUCAACAAAUUGCGAUAUCUGCACCUACCCAAUCCCAGCCUCGAAUACCCGCUACCACUGCCUGGAAUGCAAUAGCGGCGACUACGACGUCUGUACAAACUGCUACCUCAAACUUGUGGCAACAGGCAAAAUUAACAAAGAGAACGGGCACAACGGCUGGCGCCGCUGCCUUGCCGGCCACCGCAUGAUAGUGGUCGGCUUCGAAGACCACGAAGAAGGCCAGCGCCGCGUCAUUAUCCGCGAUCUUGUGGGCGGCCGCGCCCUUAAUGAACAACACGUAAUACAGUCACAAAUACAGUCACCAACUUCCUCCCUAGCCAGCGGCGGUCUCGUUGCAUCCCCAGAGCUGGGAACCGGUGACUGGACCUGGAAGGACGGCCCCGAACGCCGCAAGAAAGCAUCCCGUCUUCGCGGUGGGCCUGCUCCCACAAACAGUAUCACCGGAGGUACUACCUCUGCUUCUGACCCCUCCCAUCCAUCUCUUUCCAGUGCCACCGCGACUCCGAUGAUCCCGCCCUUCCGCCGGUUUCCGCCUGACGGGGGUGUCGGGCUCAUUGUCCGCGCUCUGUGGUCAUGGUACCCGGAAGAGGAAGUCAGAGACGAGCUUGUUUUCCCGCGAGGUGCGCAUAUUACGGAAUCAGAGAAUAUCAACGACGAUUGGUUCUGGGGGUGCUACGCUGGCCGAACGGGACUGUUCCCUGGUUCGCAUGUUGAAUUCGUCAGGGAGGUCCACAGGUAA